ACAAAAUAAAGGAGACGUUUUAUCUUGAAAAGCGUGAGAGAAAAAGAGAGAGAGAGAGGUAAAAGGAAUAUUUAAACAAGAACUAACUUUUUUUUUCCCUCUCUCUCUCUCUCUCUUUCUUUUCCCUUUUAACAAUCAAUCAAUCAAACUAACAAAAAAAAAUGAGAAUUAUAUCCAGUCAAUUAUCAGAAGCCAUCAAGGUAACAGAGGCAUGGGAAGGUUUUAUUCAAACAAAAUACGGUACGAACAAAUCCGACAAAGAGACAAGCGCCUUUCGUGAUUACACAGUGGCAGAUGAGGAACAACCCUUAGUCUCUGCUUUCUACCGAGAAAACCAUCAGAAGCAAACUUUAGCUCAUGUCCUUCACCAAAAGAAGCUCUAUGGCAGCCUAGAUCAUGCCGUCAUGGGUAUCUGGGAAGCCCUCGAACUCCUCGAUACCUUGAUCGAUGAAUCUGACCCAGACACACACAUGACUCAAAUCGUGCAUUCCUUGCAAUCCGCAGAAGCCGCCAGAAGAGACGGUCAACCACGUUGGAUGAUCUUGACCGCAUUAAUUCAUGACCUUGGCAAGUACCUCUUCUUUCUGGGUGAACCUCAAUGGACUGUCGUGGGGGAUACUUUCCCCGUAGGGUGUGCCUUUUCUCCCAAGAUCGUCUAUCAUCGUUACCUGCAGGAAAAUCCAGACCAUGACCAUCCCGUGUAUUCCACGCGCUAUGGUAUCUACUCCCCUCAUUGUGGUCUGGACAACGUUCAUCUCUCCUACGGUCAUGACGAAUAUUUUUAUCAAGUGUGUAAGAACCACGGUUUACCAGCAGAGGCGUUGUAUAUUCUUCGCUAUCAUUCGUUUUAUGCCUGUCAUACAGAGGGAGAAUAUGCGUGGUUACUCAAUGAGAAGGAUACCGAUAUGAUGCCAUGGGUCAAGACUUUUAAUCAAUAUGAUCUUUAUUCUAAAGCAGAAGCAGUACCGGAUGUAGAAGCGUUAAAACCUUUUUAUUUGGAUCUUAUUCAUGAGUUUUUUCCUCAACAAAUAAAAUGGUAGUGAUAGUC